GGUCACUCGAAGCUGCCAUUUCUUUGUUUUAUAAAGGGGAGCAUUAUUACUUUUUAGGAAACUCGGUCACACUUUUUUUUUGCUUUAAACCAGAAAAAAAAAAGAACCAUUAAGACUAUCAUUUCUACAAUACGCACAACACACCAUGUCACUUCCAAAAGCAGAAGAUCUUGAGCAACUCGAAGAUAUUGAAAAGCAAUGGGCUGUCAAGGCCAUGCAUCAUGCCGAAACAUAUUACAAUUUGGUGUCCAAGAUUGAUAUGAAGAACUUUCCAUUGACAAAGAUCGACGACGAGAUCUACAAGGACUUUGAAGAGACAUUCCCAGAAAUUGAUGUGAAGCACUUGAAUGACAAGGAUUUUAAAACGCCCGAGGCAAAGGAAAAGUGGCGCAUAUGGAUCAACAAGUACGAGAAACUGGUGAACGAAUUUAACUUUGGCAGCUUGAUCCGUAUUGAUUACAGGGAUGACUACACUGAGCAAAACACAAUGUUUGGUGUUCGCAUGCAGUUCUAUGCCAUUGAAAUUGCCCGUAACAAGAAGGGUUUGAACGCAGAGCUUUUGAAGAAGAAAUAAGCCAAGAACAAAAAGACUAGGGAGUGGAGUGUAGAUUAUUGAGUGGAUGUACAAACACCAGCAUAGCAUAUAAUAAGAACAUACACGCUUUUUUGGGAUCCAGCAACAACAGCAGCAUUUGUUUACCUUUCUAUUUUACACUUUUUAACGGGAUCAGGUCUCAUAAAUCCCGCCGCCCUGCUGUGUGAAGAAGGAGUCUACAGUUUCUUGGCACUCUUCAACCAUGGUUGGAAUUGCUAUAGACUUAAUAUUAUUACCGAAUAAACGCACAUUGCCACAACCAUCCCUUUACGCACGCACGUUUAUGCGAUGGAACGGCAAGGAGUAAAGGAAGAGAAAUUAUGAUUGUAUGAGAUCAGGGGCCAAGGCUAUCUUUUUUGGGGGGCUUCCACUUGCCAUGAAGCUGUCGCUGUUGUCGAUGAAUGUCAUUU